GUCCUUACCUGCUACCAACAUGCCUACUCUGGAACCCGAGCAGCUGUCCAUCAGGGAAAUGAAAGAGGAUGAGGCAUCAAUUGUUUUGGAGCUUCUGAAGGAUGGAUUCAAGGACACAGAGAACCGUUUGAUAUUGUAUGUGCUGACGCGGCCGUUAGCUCUGCUGCUGAUGGCUGUGGCGAGCAGCGGCCUGCGCUUCUUCCUGAACUCUUUCGUGGUAGCCCUCGUGGUGCCGGUGCUGCUCACCGUCGUGGCUCUGAAACUCCUGCUGUGGCGUUCGCCGGACCUGAGGCAACUGUACGCCUAUUACAGCGCCGGCCAGCGUGGGCUCUGGGUGGCCGUGUAUGACGAGGACGACGUGUGCGGCUGCGUGGCUCUGGAACCCCGGGACGGAGAACCCUGCACCGCCGAGCUCAAACGCUUGGCUGUCAAUCGCUGGUACCGGCGUUCCGGCGUGGGCCGCCACCUCCUCAAGUUCCUAGAAGCUCAGGCUCGUGCUCAGGGCUUCAAGUUCCUGGUGGCCCAGGUCUCCGUUGUCACCAAGUCUGCCAUCGGGCUCUUUGAAAGCAGCGGCUACAGCGUGCGGAGUGGGCACCGGUGGCUGGGCUACACUGUUCAGCAGGUGUUCAGCAAGGAGCUGUAGCGUCCCUGCCUACGAAUUAAGUGUCCGAGCUGCUCC